UACAGCCAUGAAGCACAAAUACUAGUGCACUUUAUAGAGCUGUGUUAGAUUUGGGACACGACUUGGGACCGGAAGUGUCGUCAGCAGCCUUUGAACAGUGUGUGAUGUGUGUGUGUUAAACUGAAACACAUGGAGUUCACUGUGUGGAAUAAAGUUUUAAUCUUCCUCCUGUUUCACUUCCUGGAUUUAACUGUGUGUUUUGAACAGAACAACGGCGGCUGGGAGCUGGACUCCAGUCUUGCUGAUGAAGGAAGCUGCAACAUUGACGUCAGAGACGCUGCAACAAUCACACACAGACAGUUUCUACAAGAAUAUGCCUACUCGAAGCCUGUGAUACUCAGAGGACUAACAGACAACACAAAAUUCCGGUUCCUGUGUUCCAAGCAAAGUCUGCUAAAGGAGUACCAGGACAAAACAGUCCGCCUGAGCACAGCCAACACACACUCCUACAGGAAAGUGGACGUGCGGUUUGAAGAGUUUGUGACGUUGCUGUUGAGUCCUCAGUCUGAAGACACCUUGGGCAGCGAUACUCUCUACUUCUUUGGUGAUAAUAACUUCACCGAGUGGCAUUCUCUGUUUGAGGAGUACAACUCACCACCAUACAGCCUGCCACACACCAGCCCUGCCUACAGCUUCGGCAUCGCAGGUCCAGGUACAGGUGUUCCCUUCCACUGGCACGGUCCAGGAUACUCCGAGGUCAUCUACGGCAGAAAGCGUUGGUUCCUGUAUCCUCCUGAUCAGGCCCCAGAGUUCCACCCAAAUCACACCACCCUGUCCUGGGUCACACACUCAUACCCAAACCUAGAGGAACACAACACACCCCUGGAGUGUACCAUUAGGCCGGGAGAGGUCCUGUAUUUUCCAGAUCGAUGGUGGCAUGCUACACUGAAUCUAGACACCAGUGUUUUCAUUUCCACCUUUUUGGGUUGAACAUCCUCACCCUCCUCCUCUACAAAAGGACCAAUCAGGUUCCUCAAAUCCUGAAAUAAUUUUUCCAGCACCAAUCAGAAUUCCUCCUUCAGAGCUUCAUUAAAGACCAAGAAGGACCACGAGUGAACAAACAGACCAAAUCAGAUCUCCUUGUCUUGUGACCUCAUAACCCCAAGAGGACCAAUCGGAGUGGAGCAGUGACUGAAGAAUUCCCCGUGUCCUCCUGAAACGAACGUGAAUUUAUUCUGAAAAUGACGUGAUAAUAAACGUGAUGAUUUCA